CAGAGUAAAGUCAAAUUACAAAGUUGCGCAAAGUAUAACAUAUAUAAACUUAAUUAUAAAUAAGAACAGAUAAGACGUUUAGAGCCUUGUCGGUGACAUGGACGCCGCUGUUGGCUUGGAACAGCUAUUUGCUGUGCAUAGGGACGUGCCUGCGUUAGCCGUGUUGCAACAGCUCAGGAUGGAUUCCAGCCAGCAACAGCCUCAAGAGCUGCUGCACAACCACCGGGAAUGUCUUCAGUUGGGCACGUGUAGUUUUGGUCGGCGGGGUCGAGCAACGUACGCAAUGCGCACAGAAACCAAGGUGCAGCGUUCUAUAACAUCGCCAACAUAUCCGGUUCGCGGUGGCAGGUUUGCCGAGCUCGAAAUGAAGGGGGGGUCGCAUCUCACCAUUCAACUAAGCAUGCAUGUGCUCGGUUGUAUGCUCGGUAGCGUGCAGUUUACCCCUAUCAGGAUGUUUGUUUGCAUAUCCCUCCAAGCGAGAGGGCUUGCACCUAUGCUGAUGUUCGUUCCAAGAAGUGAACUGAGGACUGAUGCUACGGUGAAAGAUUUGCACGUAAAUUCGCCCGUGCAAUAAAACGCCCUGUAACUCGCUUACGCUAAUCUCACAUUCCAUUAUGCCACUGCACUUUCCUCUCCAGCCUGGCCACAUUCUCUUCCUCGCAAACGUACUUGGGCACCUUACAAUCCAACACCAUACAUGCUUUAGAAACGCGGGCAGCUGCUUCACAAGGACCCCCCUAUUUAAGUUUGGGCCGCGCCAUAGCACCUGGAGAUCUCCUCUAAAGGCCCUGGCAGGAGCCGCAACAUCAAAAUUCCCUUUACAUGUCACAAUGGGGAUGCGGGUGCAGCAUCAGCAUACGGCCCCAGAUCGCGCAGACUACAGCUCCGCCAAGGCGGUGAAUACUCCCUGCCGAGGCUGCCGCGACAAAGCAGCCCCGGCAGUUCCAAAGCCAAAGCCAAAGCCCAGUCCAGUCCAGAUCCUGCUGCGUGUGUGUCUCUACGCGCACGUGUGUAUGAGUGUAUGUGUGGACACGUAAACGGCUGAGGGGGGUAUCCGAUAACGUCUAUUUCCCUACCCAUGCGCCGGCGUCCUAGCGCGCUGCUACUGCGAAUCUCCGACCCGCGCCUCAGAAGCUUCCGCCCUGGUUUUGUCACCGACCGGCAUAUGAGCAUGUUACUCAUAAUCGCACAAACAAACGUACGUACAUAGGUAGGUAAGUAAGUAUGUAGGUAGAUGGCACACCGGUCCCAAAACCGUCGCAACAGCCACCUAGAAGUGGUCAUAGUACAAACAUCACGGGGCAUCCAGGGGGAAUCUGCGUACAGCACAUGACGACGGUAUAUGCACUUCCCCUCACCCUCAAUUACCGUCCGUGUGUCCAAUGUUAUAUUGAAGCCUGCACGGCGCGCAGAGGCCUUCGCCUCCCUCAACACACACCCGGGGAGUGGGCUCCCCCCUCCCCUCCCCUC